AUGAAAGCCCCUUCGACGCUUUUACUGAGGGCGAUGCUGCGGCCGCAGCAGCCUCUAUGCCAAAUACGAUCAAAGUCAGAUUGGAUGCCCCGAGAAAAAUAUGCGAAAAUCACAUUGCUAGACAAGCUGCACAGACGGCAGAAGGAUGCUAUUCGGAAAGAACGCCAAGACAGCGAGCUACGUGCACAAAAAAUAACCUCCCUUCCUCCGACGCAGAUGGCACAACAGGAACAAGCCUCCGCGGCGACAGGCCCUGCGGCCUCUUCCAACGUAACAAGACCUACAACCACAUUUCCUUUCCUCAUCUCGCGCACAGCAUCCAACAAUAUCCCGGUCUAUGAGACCGCCAAAAACGGUGGAAACAGGCACAUCACGUCGAUUCGCAAGAUCAGUGGUGACAUCGAGAAGCUAGCGACCACGGUGCGUGACGCGCUGGAGCUACCGGAGCACAUCGUCGACGUCAAGGGCCGCAAGAAGGACACGGUCGUCAUCAAUUGGACCACCAACCAAAUCGUCAUCAGGGGCUGGAGGGGAGCAGAGGUCAAGAAGUGGGCAGAGCUGAGUGGGUUUUGA